UGUUGCCGCCUUGAUUUUCUUUUUGGGUUUUUGGAUGCACUUCGUGUUCUUAUUAUUGGGAUUUUUUUUUCCCCCACUUCAAAUGUGAAGCUCUAAGUUUUGUGUUUGUCGAUUAUCCUUAAACUUCCUCUGCUUCUGGUUGUUGCAUUUGGAAUUUUCGGAGCAUAUUUUGUUUUUGGUUUAGAAUUUGAAGACUUUUAACCAAGAUGGAAAACAAGGACCAGCACAAGCAAACGCCAGAACCAAAAUAUGACUGUCUUCUCUUUGAUCUGGAUGACACUCUGUAUCCUUUUAGCUCUGGUCUCUCAUUAGAAAUCUGUAAGAAUAUUCAAGAAUAUAUGCUUCAAAGGCUUGGCAUGGAGAAGGAUAAAGUCCCUGAACUGUGUCUCUCUUUGUACAAGGACUAUGGGACCACAUUAGCUGGUCUCAGGGCUAUUGGCUAUAACUUUGAGUAUGACGAUUUUCAUAGUUUUGUUCAUGGGAGAUUAUCCUACGAUAUCCUUAAGCCUGAUCCUGUUUUAAGGGGUCUUUUGCUAAGCUUGCCUUUCCGAAAAGUUAUUUUUACAAAUGCGGAUAAGGCUCAUGCAGCUAAAGUGCUUAGCAGGCUUGGAUUGGAGGACUGCUUUGAGGGAAUUAUAUGCUUCGAGACUUUGAAUCCCACCAAUAAUGAUAUACCUGCUAAUAAAGAUGAAAUUGAAUCUGGAGGAAGACCAAGUACUACUUUAAGCGCUGGAAUUCCAGAUGCCAAUGAAGAUUUACAUCAUCUUAAUGCCAAUCGUGUACUACCAAGAACUCCAGUUGUUUGCAAACCGUUUGAAGAUGCAUAUGAAAAAGUGUUCAAGAUAGCAAACAUCAAUCCUCAUAAAACGUUAUUCUUUGAUGAUAACAUCAAUAAUUUACGAACUGCAAAACGAAAAGGUCUCAAUACGGUAUUGGUGGGCUCCUCGAACCGAAUUGCAUCUGUGGAUUAUGCACUGGAAAGCAUCCAUAAUAUCAGGGAAGCAUUACCAGAGCUAUGGGAAGGCAAGGAGAAGUCUGAAAAUGUCAGGUAUUCAGGAGAAGUCGCAAUUGAGACACCCGUACAAGCUUAGUAUCAUAAUUCUAAAUUUGAACAGCAUAUUGGGUAGCGGACUAGGCGAUUGUACCCCCUUCCUUGUCUGUGUGGUUGUAUUAAUAGAUGGUAUUCUCCUACUCUAAUUAUCAAUAAAGAAAUAUACAUCUUACUGCUAUGUUAUUUACAGAAUAUUUAAGAACUCUAGCAAAGAACCCGCCUUGACUCCUUGAAUUUUCUGAUUUCUCAUAGAUAUUAAUAGAAUGAAAAAGGUUUCAAUGUA